UGAACCAGCACCUCGAGCUUUCUCCUACUACCUGCAAGGGUAAAAUUGUAAAUCUAAAGCUCACACGGUGAACACAAAACCGAAACCGUCCUUCCCACACUUGCAAAACCUGAAUGCCCCAAAACUCAAAAACUUCAAUACAACAAAACACAAUCCGGCCCCCCUCUCUCUCUUGCAGUAUUUUCUUUUUCUUUUUUGGUCUUUCGAGCUUUGACAGCUUUCCGUCCAAUUCGAGGAAGUACAAUUCGUAUGGUUACGGCAAAUUCCAGUUCCUUUUUCUGUUAAUGCAAGUUCCCCAAGUCCUGAAUCGAUGAAAAAUUUGUCCCGGAGGAGCAGCGCUAUCCUUAUCCGCCGUUAAUUCUCCGUCAACCCUCACCCGCAUUCUUCUCACCAGGUUUCCGUGGUUUUAAAGAUCUGCUUUGUACAUCAUUUAUUGGGAGAAUCAAUGGCAAGUUCAUUUAAUCCUCAGAUUUUAGUGGAAAAGCUUGCCAAGCUCAAUCAUUCGCAAGCAAGCAUAGAGACUUUAUCGCAUUGGUGUAUUUUCCAUAUGAAUAAAGCGAAGCAAGUUGUUGAAACCUGGGCCAGACAAUUUCAUUGUUCUCCACGUGAGCAGAGAUUAGCUUUUCUGUACCUUGCAAAUGACAUUUUGCAGAAUAGUCGUCGAAAAGGAGCAGAAUUUGUUGGUGAGUUUUGGAAGGUUCUUCCAGAUGCUCUUCGCGAUGUUAUUAAUAGUGGGGAUGAAGUUGGAAGAAAUGCGGCCCUAAGGCUGAUUGGCAUAUGGGAAGACAGAAAAGUUUUUGGUUCCCGUGGGCAAAUUCUGAAGGAAGAGCUUGUGGGAAAGCACUCAGAUAAUAAUAGAAAUGGAAAGCAUUUUGGCUUCAAAAAGCAGCCUGCUGGAAGUACGUUAGACAAAAUAAUUUCAGGUUAUGAAGUUGUUCACGGUGGUCAGUUGGAUGAAGAUGUCAUAAUAAACAAAUGUAGGAGUGCUAUGAGCAGUCUUGAGAAAGCUGAGAAGGAAAUUGGAGGCAACAUUAAGUCAGGACAAUUCCAUGGAGCUGCAUUUUUGGAGGAGUUUCAAGGGCACCAUGCUAUUUUGAGGGACAGCAUCGAACAACUGACAGUCAUUGAAUCAUCAAGGGCAACUCUUGUGUCUCACCUGAGAGAGGCGCUCCAAGAGCAGGAAUCCAAACUGGAACAAGUUCGUAAUCAACUUCAGGCUGCACUCUCCCAGUCAGAACACGCUAACAAUUUCUGCCAGCAGUCGCUGCAUUCGAAUAAUGUGCAGUUAUCAGUGGAGCAAAGUUCAAAGGAAGCUAAUACUUCUGUUGCACCUCAAAGCUUUAUACCUGGAGACAGGGAACAAUCAGCUCCUGCAAUGUACACACGGCAGGCAUCUUUUCAUGAAAAAACUGGCCACAUUGAGGAAGAUCCCCGAAAAUCUGCAGCUGCUGCUGUGGCGGCAAAAUUAACCGCGUCAACAUCCUCGGUCCAGAUGCUUUCUUAUGUUCUCUCUUCUCUCGCAUCUGAAGGGGUCAUUAAUAAUCCAGUAAAAGAAUCUUCUGGUGAAUUCCCCUCUGAAAAGAGGGCUAAGAUCGAGAACGACCAGCCUUACAUACCAACUCAGAAUCCCCUGCAGCAACCACUGCCUCCGUUCCAACAUCCCGAAUCUUUCCAAGUGGCCACCACAGGUCAGCAAUUAACUUCAAAUGACCCACCACCUCCUCCAUCAUCACCUCCACCACCACCGCCACUACCACCUAUGGCACCAUAUUCUAUUCCACAGUAUAUGCAGACUUCAGGAUCGGUAAAUGCUGUGCCAUACAGCUACAGCAUGUCCCAGCAACAACCGCCUUCCUUGAGCGGCUAUGCAGGAGGUGGGACUCAAAUGACAGGUAUUGCUCCCUUUACGGUGCCCCCCACAAAUUCAUACCAAAGUUAUCAGGGUUCAGAUGGUAACUUGUACAGCCAACCGUCAUCCAUGCCUAUGGCACCAAUUACCCGGCAAUGAGGUGGACUUUGCUGAGGGAACAAUAGAUCUCAAAAUCUAAUGUAGCUUUUUAGUUACCCUUGUACCUUUAAUCAUACACAAAUUAGAUUUGCACAUAGUAAAAUGUUUGUUUGUAACUUGAAUGUUUUUGGCAAUGGCUUUGAAACAAUUCCUUUGGAUUGUUCUAUGGAGAAAUAGAUUUAAACUGAUUUAGUAAGGCUCAUAAAUAUUAGAUUUUACUGGUUGAGGAUGUGUUGCUU